UUUCUUCCCCACUCUCCCACUCUCUCGGUAAUCGGUUCGGUAAUAUUCCUACUGCCUGGAGUGAACUACCAAUAAGGGCUCCGACUGUCAACGGAGGAUGUCUGUGGCGCAGCGCAGAGAGAUGAUCUAAAACUAUUCAAGAUACCUGUAGCAACUGUAAAAGUGUUGUUAUCGCAUCAGUGUUAAAGAUUUCAUCAGGGUUUUUUUUUUUAUAAGCUAUUGGAACAGAUAUAACAUUUACACAAAUUCCCAUACAACAUCAUCGUUCGCUGAUGGACAAUUACGCGCAGAAGUUGCGGUGCGUAAUAAUGAUAAUCCUCGCGGAUGGCUGUGUUUCAUGUUCUUGGAUUAUGCGUACAAGCUUGUUAUGAUACCUGGUCAUCGCCUUUCCUUUGUCUACAGUGGAGAAGAAAAGUAACAAAGGGACGCACAUGAUGAGAAGCGCGGGGUUGUUGCUUGGCUACUUUUUGGUGAAAGUUCUUGAAUGCGACGCGGAGGGGGAGCCAGGGCAGAAGCUGGACGGCUUUAUUAUGGUACCAACGGGUACCAACGAAUCAAAAUUGAACGGAGAGAAUAGCGUUUCCGAGAGUCCGCAUACAGAGGACAAGUGCCGGGGUUAUUACGAUGUGAUGGGCCAGUGGGAUCCGCCGUUUGUGUGCCAGACGGGCAGUUACCUAUACUGCUGCGGGACCUGUGGCUUCAGAUUCUGCUGUGAGUUUACAAGCUCGCGGCUGGACCAGACCACCUGUAAAAACUAUGACACCCCGCCGUGGAUGAUGACAGGCAGACCCCCGCCUAAGAAAAAAGACCCCACUCACGACCCCACAAAGGAUAAGACAAACUUAAUUGUGUAUAUAAUAUGUGGAGUUGUUGCCAUAAUGGCCCUCGUUGGGAUUUUCACAAAACUUGGACUUGAAAAGGCGCACCGUCCACACAGAGAAAACAUGUCAAGGGCUCUAGCCCAGGUGAUGCGCCAGCCUGGUCCAGGAGAACACUCAGAAGACAUUGGGGUGCAUGGACAGCACUAUGACAACAUGCAAGCCAACAGGGUACCUGCUAACAGUCUCCAGGCUAACCAGAUGAACAGUGUGGGUCCAGGAUCAUCACUAAUGCCAGGCUUAGGGUCUCCUCCCCACCCCUACCCUUCCCUGGGACAGAUCACUAGCCCCUAUGAGCAACAGCAACCUGGGAAAGAGCUCAAUAAGUAUGCCUCCCUCAAGGCUGUGGCGGAGAAGGUUAAUGACAACUUCUACACCAACCGGCGGCACAUGGUGGAGAUGGCAGCCAAGGGCAGUCUCCCUAUGCACCCGAUGCAUCGCAUGGAGCAGGAGCCCAGCAACCCCUACAGCCCUCCCUUACAGCCUUCCCUAAAGCAGAACGGACACAAGUCCAAAAGCACCAAGGGCCACAGCAGCUCCCAUACCCUGGCCUAUGGCUCCAACACCCUCGCCAACCCAGGGAUCCAGAAGAACUGGGACGGCACAGAGACGGUGGGCCGCCGGCAGAGCCACGGCACUAAGAAACACUGCACCAUAGAGCAGGUGAACGAGAUGCACAGCACCUCACGCAGCCAGCACUACAUGCCCCCGCAGGCCUACUUUGUCAGCAACAGCAAGACAGAAGUGACUGUCUGAUCUGAGAGCCCACCCAACCACCAUAACCACUAUAACCCCAGCUGAGAGAGAGAGAGAGAGAGAGAGAGAGAGAGAGAGA